UGCUAUAUUUACUAUUAAUUGAUAUGAUAUAUUAGAAAUGUGGUGCUAAUGAAUUGUGUCGAAUUCCAAAUUUUAUGCUCAUUUAGCAGAUAAAAGUACAUAUGAGAACCCUGUAAUUAGUUUAAGUUACAUCAGUGUUUCAUUUACAUUUUGUUUAAUCUAUAACCAUUGCACUGUGCGUCUCUAUUGAGAUUCGCUGUGUGUGAUUACAAGCAAAAGUGGGAAAGAAAAUCUGAACAAAACAAAAAAUUCAUGAAAUAAUUUAAAAAUAUAAAACAAUUUAAUAUAGUUGUGUAUACAUAUGCGCGUGUGUAACGUUCGGUUUUGUGUAUAAUAUUAAAGACUUUCCUGUGAAAAUUGAAAAAGAAUUGAGUUGAGAUUUGAUACACAUUGCCUAACACUGCCUAAUAACAAAACCAUCUUUCAUUCCAAUCAAAAUAAAGUUCUCUCUUAAAGGUGAAAAUAAAUAAAAAUAUGUGCUAAAAGUGCAGUACUACAUUUUACAUUGACCCAACGAUGAAAUAAAUUGUUUACCUAAAUAGUAAAUAAAUACUGCCAUCAUUCAUGCGUAGCAAUACGGUACUUCAUUGCAACUAAGCUUACCAGGAGAUAUAAUGUCUUCAAAAUGUGGAAUAAAUGUUGCUUUCACAUUGAUCAUAUUUAUCAUCAUCGUAAAUGGUUACGCAAAAGAUAUUACGGGUAUUGAAAAAGGUCACAAUCGUCUUAACGAAUACAUAUCUCAUUAUGAAAUACUCAGUUACGACUAUGAACAAGUUAGAGCUAGUCACAACAGGGCGAAACGAUCAGUGACCAAAGAUCAUAUUGUUAAUAUAAAAUUCGCUGCGCAUGGAAGGGAAUUUCAUUUAAGAUUAAAACGUGAUUUGAACACAUUUAGUGAUAAGUUAGAGAUACAUGGUAGUAACGGGCCAAUCGAUGUUUCCAUGGAUCACAUUUACGAAGGUGAAGUAUUAGGCGAACCCAAUAGUUAUGCAUUUGGCUCCAUAUUAGAUGGUGUGUUUGAAGGAAAAAUUAUAACGGAACGUGAUGCCUAUUAUGUUGAACUUGCAAAGCGAUAUUUUCCUGCAAAUCGAACAGAAGCGACGGCUUUACGUUCUACAGCUAAUAAAAGUUUUGAUAACAUUAAUAUAAUACCGGAAGACUCAACAUCAGGUACAUCAUCAACGACUGACGCCACAACAAUAUUUUUAACAACUACACCUUCCAAUUUAAAAAAGAAUGAUUCAAAUUUUCAUUCUAUAAUAUAUAAAGAAUCUCAUGUUGAUGAUGCUUAUAAAGAUAUUAGAGAAGGACACGUUGGAGGUUGUGGUAUUACGGAAGAAGUGUCGCAAUGGAUGGAAAAUAUACAGAAUUCCGCAGUUGAAGAACUACCUGAGCCAAUGUCAAAAGAUGUUAAUGAGCGAAAUCAAAAAAUAUACAAAAAGCGUGCGCCAACUGCCAUGGAAAUAAACCAACAUGAGCAAAUGACUGCAACAAAUAUUGAUGAUCAUUUUACAUAUCCUUACCGAAAGUAUUCUAAAGAAGCCAAUCUACCGUUUGAUUCUGAUCCAAAAAUAGAUCAUAAGUAUUUUCCAAAUAAUGACUUCAAACACGAUCGUGUAAACCAACGUGUCAAACGAGCUUCUAUGUCUGGUCGUCGUGAAGAUAACAAAAAUACUUGCUCAUUAUAUAUUCAAACAGAUCCUUUAAUUUGGCGUCACAUACGAGAAGGAAUAGCUGAGCAUGAUCGUGGUCGCAAGGACGAAAUAGAUAUUAAAACACGAGAAGAAAUAACGUCAUUAAUAGCUCAUCAUGUUACUGCUGUGAAUUAUAUAUAUCGUAAUACUAAAUUCGAUGGUCGCGAUGAACACCGUAACAUCCGUUUUGAAGUCCAACGCAUAAAAAUAGAUGAUGACUCUGCUUGCCGGACUUCGUAUAACGGUCCUCAUAAUGCAUUUUGUAAUGAACAUAUGGACGUGUCGAAUUUUUUGAAUCUCCAUUCACUUGAAAAUCAUUCCGAUUUUUGUUUAGCUUAUGUAUUCACAUACAGGGAUUUUACUGGCGGUACACUUGGUUUAGCUUGGGUUGCCAGUGCCUCUGGGGCAUCCGGUGGUAUUUGUGAAAAAUAUAAAACUUAUACUGAAACAGUUGGUGGACAGUACCAAAGCACAAAACGUUCGCUUAAUACGGGCAUUAUAACAUUUGUUAACUACAACAGUAGAGUGCCACCGAAAGUUUCACAAUUGACGUUAGCCCAUGAAAUUGGUCAUAAUUUUGGUUCACCGCACGACUUUCCGCAAGAAUGUAGACCGGGAGGCAUGAAUGGAAACUUUAUUAUGUUUGCUAGUGCAACAUCAGGCGAUAGGCCAAAUAAUUCAAAAUUCUCGCCUUGCUCGAUCCGAAAUAUAUCUAAUGUUCUUGACGUUUUAGUUGGAAAUACUAAACGAGAUUGUUUUACGGCUUCAGAGGGUGCAUUUUGUGGUAACAAGAUUGUGGAAUCUGGAGAGGAAUGUGACUGUGGAUUUAAUGAAGAAGAAUGCAAAGAUAAAUGUUGCUACCCACGAGUUAUAAGUGAAUAUGAUUUCUCAUUGAAUAGCUCUGCAACUCAAUGUACCAGACGUGCCAAAACGCAGUGUUCCCCAUCUCAAGGUCCUUGUUGUCUUGCGAAUUCAUGUACUUUUGUGCCAGCUAACUAUCAUCAAAAAUGUAGAGAAGAAACUGAAUGUUCGUGGUCAAGUAGUUGUAAUGGUACAACUGCCGAAUGUCCAGAACCAAAGCCUCGUGAUGACAAAACAAAAUGUAAUAAUGGUACAGCGCUUUGCAUUCGAGGCGAUUGUUCUGGUUCAAUAUGUUUGCUGUGGAAUAUGACUGAGUGCUUCCUAACAUCACAAAUUGUACCACAAGUUGAUAAGCGAAAGUUAUGUGAGCUUGCUUGCCAAAAUGGCAACGAUACUGGAACAUGUCGUAGUACAAGCGAGUUCGCAGAUUUGUUUGGUUUGCCAGAUGGUGGUAUAAGUUUACGUCCAGGAUCGCCAUGUGAUAACUUCCAAGGUUAUUGCGAUGUGUUUCUGAAAUGUCGAGCAGUUGAUGCCGAUGGACCAUUAGUGCGUCUUAAAAAUAUGUUACUUAAUCGUGAAACACUUCUUACAGUAGCGCAAUGGAUAAUAGAAAACUGGUACUUAGUGGUUCUAAUGGGAAUAGGUUUUAUUAUUGUGAUGGGUAUUUUCAUUAAGUGCUGUGCUGUGCAUACGCCUAGUUCUAAUCCCAAAAAGCGCCGAGCAAGACGUAUAAGUGAAACAUUGAGAGCACCAAUGAAUACUCUAAGAAGAAUGCGACAUCCGCAUAAUCGUGGAGCUGGUCCACGUAGCAUUCCACCACCCGUGCACGAACAACGAUCACAUCAUCGUAAUCACCCACCUGAUUGGGAUCGUCGAGAAGCACAUCGUUCCCAAGCGGCAGGUGUGAGUAAUUCAAUUGUGCCUCAGCAUUCUGGAGGAUCCCACGCAAGUCGAGCAAUUACAGGUGCGCGCAAUCCAGGAAGCAGCCGCAAUUCCCGUGUCGCGAGCAGCGGAAUGGGUCGUCAGCAUACAAAUCAUUCUCGAGUGGCAGGACAUGGGUAUGCUGAACAGCCAACAAGUUUAAUAAGUACUAGUAGUGGUGUUGGUGUCGAUGGUAAUGGUAACAACAGUAGUACUGGCAUUGCUGGUUGUAGUACUCGGGCACAAAUGCCACAAACACAGCAUUCACAACAACAACAACAACAACAACAACAACAGGUGCAAGUCCCACAUUCAGCGUCAUAUUAUGCACCAAAAGUCGUCGCUCCGCAACUAGUAAAUUAUAAUAGACCGCCAUCAUUGCACAAUCCCUCGGAGUAUUACACUGACGCGUACACUGCAUUAGGCAGAGGAGCAUAUGAGGUAUCUUCACGCAACCCAAAUAGUAAAGUUUGACAGACGAAACGUGAAUUGGAAAUCCAGCAAAACUCGAUGAAAAACUCAACCACAAGAACAAUAUGAAAUUCAUACAAAUCAAAUCAUGUACUCAAAAAAUAAAUGUAAAUGAUAUUUUUAUGAUAAA